GUGGACCAAUCAUAUACAGUUGUGAUUACUAGCGGAUUGCUUUUAGUUUUUAAUAUAUAUUACAUGAAAUACCAGCACGAGUUUUCAUUUGUAUGCUAGAUGUCUGUCUUAAUUUAAUUAAACAAUUGCACUAUUUUUGUGUACAUGUUUCCAGUGAGACAAACAUCAUCCUGAGAUCUAAAUGCGGCUCAAUGGAGAAGCGGCGCAUUGAGCCACCAAGCGCCCCCUGGCGGAACACUAAGGUUUAGUUAUUAAACUGUGCCACGCAAUGUAUUUCCCCGGCGGCUGUCACACUUCCACACCACCAGCCAAGAGAUUGCAGAAAGUUUGGCGUUUCUCUGUUUUCUAAGUCGCAGCAGACACAGAGAGUUGCGAUGUUUGUGGAGUAGCGGGAGUCCAGGCAGAGCCCAAUGGCAGCGCCGGAGCUGUACUCGAAGUUUGCUCGAAUCUGGAUCCCAGACACCACAGAGGUGUGGAGAUCAGCAGCGCUCACCAAAGACUACAGGCCCGGAGACACUGUCCUACAUCUACAGCUGGACGAUGAGACUGAGUCUGAGUACAAGUUGGACCCAAAGAGUGGUGUUCUGCCUCCUCUUCGUAACCCGGACAUCUUGGUGGGUGAGAACGACCUCACCGCUCUCAGUUACCUCCAUGAACCGGCCGUCCUGCACAACCUCCGGGUCCGAUUCACAGACUCCAAACUCAUCUACACCUACUGCGGCAUCAUUCUGGUUGCCAUCAAUCCAUAUGAAAGUCUUCCAAUAUAUGGAUCAGAUAUCAUCAAUGCUUACAGUGGGCAGAACAUGGGUGAUAUGGACCCUCAUAUCUUUGCCGUGUCAGAGGAGGCCUAUAAACAGAUGGCCAGAGAUGAAAAGAACCAGUCCAUCAUCGUGAGUGGAGAAUCUGGUGCAGGGAAGACGGUUUCUGCUAAAUAUGCCAUGCGUUACUUCGCCACGGUCAGCGGCUCCUCUGCUGAGGCCAGCGUGGAGGAGAAAGUGCUGGCGUCCAGCCCCAUCAUGGAGGCUAUAGGAAAUGCCAAGACGACGAGAAACGACAACAGCAGUCGCUUUGGGAAGUAUAUCGAGAUUGGAUUUGACAGGAAACACCACAUCAUCGGAGCCAACAUGAGGACGUACCUUCUGGAAAAGUCUAGAGUGGUGUUUCAGGCAUGUGAGGAGAGAAACUAUCACAUCUUCUAUCAGCUCUGUGCUUGUGCCCAUUUACCUCAAUUUGAACCUCUCAAGUUAGGUAGCGCUGAUGACUUUCCCUACACUAACCAAGGCAGAAGUCCAGUCAUCGAGGGAGUGAACGACCUGAAGGAGAUGGAAGCCACAAGGAAAGCUUUUUCACUGCUGGGAAUUACUGAGGCACACCAAAUGGGUUUAUUCCAAAUCCUGUCUGCCAUUCUUCACCUGGGCAAUGUGGAGUUGAAGGAGAGAGGAUCUUCUAGUUGCUGCACCUCUGAUGAAAGUGGCCACCUGGGAGUGUUUUGUGACCUCACUGAGGUGUCGUACGAGUCCAUGGCUCACUGGUUGUGCCAUAAAAAACUCAAGACCGCCACAGAAACCCUAAACAAGCCUGUUACCCAAUUGGAGGCCAUAAACGGCCGUGACGCUCUUGCAAAACACAUUUACGCCAAGCUCUUCUCGUGGAUCGUCGGCCAAGUCAACAAGGCCCUGAGCACUUCCUCCAAACCGCACUCUUUCAUCGGUGUCCUAGAUAUAUAUGGGUUUGAGACGUUCGAGGUGAACAGCUUCGAGCAGUUCUGCAUCAACUAUGCCAACGAGAAGCUCCAGCAGCAGUUUAACAUGCACGUGUUCAAACUGGAGCAGGAGGAGUACAUGAAGGAGCAGAUACCAUGGACGCUCAUCGAUUUCUACGACAACCAGCCGUGCAUCAACCUGAUCGAGGCCAAGAUGGGCUUACUAGAUCUUUUAGAUGAAGAAUGCACUAUGCCAAAAGGUUCAGAUGAAUCAUGGGCGCAAAAGCUGUACAACACUCACCUAAAGAAAAGCUCUCACUUUGAGAAGCCGCGCAUGUCUAACAAAGCCUUCAUCAUACUGCACUUUGCAGACAAGGUUGAAUACCAGUGUGAUGGAUUUCUGGAGAAAAAUAAAGACACAGUCAAUGAAGAACAAAUUAAUGUGCUGAAGGCUAGUAAGUUCGCCUUGCUGGUUGAGCUCUUCCAGGAUGAGGAAACACCUGCAGCUCUGAGCACCACGGCACCAUCUGGUCGUGCAAAGGCUGGACGGUCCAUCCAGUCUGUUAGGGAGCACAAGAAGUCAGUUGGACUGCAGUUCAGGAACUCUCUGCACCUGCUUAUGGACACUCUGAACGCCACCACCCCACACUAUGUGCGCUGUAUCAAACCAAAUGACGUUAAAGCCCCCUUCAUGAUGGACCCCCAUCGAGCCGUUCAGCAGCUCAGAGCGUGUGGAGUCCUCGAGACCAUUCGCAUCUCAGCCACAGGCUUCCCUUCCAGGUGGACAUAUCAAGAGUUCUUCAGCCGCUAUCGUGUUCUAAUGAGGCAGAAAGAAAUCAUCUCAGACAGGAAGUUGACCUGCCAGAGUGUUUUAGAACGGCUUGUGCAGAACAAAGAUAAAUACCAGUUCGGAAAAACAAAGAUUUUCUUCCGGGCUGGACAGGUGGCUUACCUGGAAAAACUGAGGGCUGACAAACUCCGUACGGCCUGCAUCGACAUCCAAAAAACUAUCCGUUGCUGGCUCGCCCGCAAGAAAUACCUGCGUAUUCGCCAAGCAGCCAUUACCUUGCAGAGAUACACGAGAGGACACCAGGCUCGAUGCUUGUACAAGACAUUGAGAAGGACGCGGGCCGCAGUGAUCUUCCAGAAGUGCACACGGAUGUGGGCAGCCAGACGACAGUUCCUGCGACAGAAAGCAGCAGCGGUUCUCAUUCAGAGGUUACUGCGCGGCUAUACAGCCAGACUGGAGCAUAAACGGUUGGUGUGUGAGCACAAAGCUUUACUGAUCCAGCGCUGGGUGCGUGGCUUCCUGGCCCGCUGGCGUUUCCGUCGCAUCAAGCGGGCUGUGGUGUAUCUGCAGUGUUGCGUGCGCAGGAUGCUGGCCCGUCGAGAGCUCAAGAAACUCAAGAUUGAAGCCAGAUCAGUCGAGCACUACAAGAAGCUCAACUUCGGCAUGGAGAACAAGAUCAUGCAGCUGCAGAGGAAACUGGAUGAGCAGCAUAAGGAGAACAGAGAGCUUUCCGAGCAAAUUAGACAGAUGGAGAGCCACAGUGCCACGGAGUUGGAGAAGUUGCACCUGCAGCUCAAGACUCUUCAAGAUGCGGAAGAGGAGUCCCGUCACCGUGGAGACCGGGUGACAUCAUUACAGGAGGAGCUGGAAUUGGUCCGUCAGGAGCUGGAGAAGAACAAAGAGAUGGUUUCUGAACUGAAUGAGAAGAACACACUGCUGAAGAGUGAGAAAGAUGAGAUGAACAGACUGAUCCAGGAACAGGAGCAGCAGAUAAAAGAGAAGUCAGAGUCGAUGCAUGAGGAGGUCACAGAGCACAUGCAAGCACAGCUGAAUGAGGAACGCUUCCGUUACCAGAACCUUUUGUCCGAGCACCUGAAGCUGGAGGAGCGCUACGCUGAUCUCAGAUCAGAAAAAGAGGCGGCUGAAGAGCUCUCUAAACCUGGUCAUAACAGAGCCGACUCUGGCUACAGCAGCAGCCAAUCAGAGAGCGUCCACAGCUCUGUGCUCACAGGGUCAGAGGUCAGCUCGCUGGAAAGAGAGGAUGCUGUGCAGACGGCAGCUGAUGUGUCCCUGCUGCUGAAGCUGCAGAGGAGAGUCGCUGAGCUGGAGAAGGAGAAGAUGGACCUGCAGGGUGAGAUGGACACCAAAGAAGAGCAGCUACAACUGGAACGAACUAAAGAACUGGAAGAUUGUCGGAGAUUAUUAGGGGCUGAGAGAGACUUCGAGGCUCUGAAGCGUCAGGAGCUGGAGUCUGACAAUAAGAAGCUGAAGAAAGAUCUGCAGGAGCUCCGUCAGUCCCUCAGUAAGGGGUUGGGGUCAAAGGUGGCGUCCCCUGGAGGUCAGGCAUAUAAUGUGCUCCUCGAACAGCUCAACUCCACCACAGAAGAGCUUGAAAUGCGAAAGGAGGAAGUGCUCAUUUUGCGCUCUCAACUGGUCAACCACGAGGCAUUUAAACAUAAGGAAACGCGAACUGAAGGAGAUUCAGGUGACUCGAGCAGAUCCCCCACACUGGACCUUCAUGAGCUCAAUGAGGAUGGAGAACUCUGGAUGGCUUAUGAGAGCCUGAAGGAAACUAACAGGAUUCUAGAGUCACAGUUGCAAACUCAGGGACAGUCCCAUGAAAAGGAGGUGGAGGGUUUGAGGGCGGAGCUUCAGCGGUUGAGGGCGGAGCUCGGUCACCAGCAGCAGAUGCUGUCAGACAGCUUGGAGCUUCCUCAUGAUGCCCGAAUACAAGCAAGCCUGCAGCACGAGAUCAGUCGCCUCACGCAACAAAAUAUGGACCUCUUGGAGCAGAUGGGGAAACAGGACAAAAUGGUCCGCAAACUAAAGAAACACCUGAAAAUAUACAUGAAAAAGUUUGGGGAGGCUGAGGCAGGUGUUCAUAUCGAGCAGUCGUCUCCGGAGAACAUGGUUGGCGAGAGCGGUCACACGGUCAGCAUCGUUCGUAAAGAGAGGGAUUUCCAAGGCAUGCUGGAGUACAGGAGAGAAGACGAGAGCAAACUGUUCAAGAUACUCAUCACAGAGCUCAAACCCCGAGGUGUGGCGGUGAAUCUGGUGCCAGGUCUGCCUGCUUACAUUCUCUUCAUGUGUCUGCGGCACGCCGACUACGCCAACGAUGACCAGCGGGUCUCCACCCUGCUGAACUCCUCCAUCAACACCAUCAAGAACGUGCUGAAGAAACGUGGAGAUUUUGAAACCAUUUCCUUCUGGUUGGCAAACACCUGUCGCUUCUUACAUUGCCUGAGGCAGUACAGUGGAGAGGAGGCGUACACAAAGCACAACACGCCUCGGCAGAACGAACACUGUCUGACAAACUUUGACCUGUCUGAGUACCGGCAGGUUCUGAGUGAUCUGGCUAUUCAGAUCUACCAGCAGCUCAUCAGGGUCAUAGAAAACAUUUUACACCCCAAAAUUGCACCAGCCAUGCUGGAGACGGAGACCAUUCAGGGUGUGAUGGGUGUGAAGCCCACAGGAAUGAGGAAACGCACGUCCAGUGUCCAUGAGGAGAGCGCUCACUCGCUGGAGUCCAUUCUGAAGCAGCUGGAUGUGUUUUAUUACACGCUGCUUCAGCACGGCAACGACACCGAGGUGGUCCGACAGGUCAUCAAACAGCAGUUCUACGUCUUCUGCUCUGUCACGCUCAACAACUUACUGCUCCGCAAGGACAUGUGCUCCUGGAGUAAAGGCCUGCAGAUCAGGUAUAAUGUAUGUCAGCUGGAGGAGUGGUUGCUGGAUAAAGAUCUUCAGGGCAGUGGAGCGCGAGAGUCUCUGGAGCCUCUGAUUCAGGCGGCUCAGCUUCUGCAGAUCAAAAAGAAGAGCCAGGACGACGCAGAGGCCAUCUGCACCAUGUGCACAGCUCUCACCACUGAACAGAUUGUGAAAAUCCUCAGCUUGUACACACCAGUGAAUGAGUUUGAGGAGAGAGUGUCUAUAUUAUUCAUAAAGUCUGUACAGACUUUAUUAAAGGAUCGUAAGGAGUCUUCUCAGUUACUGAUGGAUGCUAAGAUCAUUUUCCCAGUCACCUUCCCCUUCAACCCUUCACCUGUGGCCCUCGAGACCAUCCAGAUCCCCAGCAGCCUCAACCUGAACUUCCUGACACGAGUUUAAAAACACAACAGUGACGUCGUCAUGGAAACUACCGAACAGAACACAAGCUUGGAUUAUAUUUGUGAUCACAUCUUCUGGGAUGUUUGUUUACAUUUCCUGUAUCACUGUAAAGAUGAAACGUUAAACACAUUUCACUGUAUUUGCUGGUGUUUGGGGCUAAAAUUACUUGUAAUGCUCAGGACCUCAGUUGUGUAACAUCUCAAAUGAAAUAUUCCUGUAAAGCAUAUUUAUAAUGUUUCUUGUAAGGUUAAAAAUGGACAAGAGCACUUUUCUUGAUCUUUACAAUUAUCUUAAAUAUUUUUAUGCGCAGUAUUUGAAUGUAAAAGGUAUCAUUAUUGCCAUUUGAAAUAUGAAAUCAAAUGCUAUAAAAAGUUUUCAUAUA